AUGCAGCCUAUGUUACUAAUCCUUGUGGGGGCUUGGACAACACUGCAAGCUGACUUGCUUUCUGAUAAGAAGGUUUUACUUCUACCACCUGUCAAUUUUACUGUUAAAGCCAUUGGAUUAGCGCAAGUUCUUUUACACUGGGCCCCAAAUCCUGACCAAGAGCAAAGAAAUAUUGAUCUACAAUAUCAUGUGAAAAUAAGUGCUCCACAAGAAGAUGAGUAUAACACCAGGAAGACUGAAAGCAAAUAUGUGGCCCCCCUUCAUGAUGGCUUUGCAGCUAGUGUGAGGAGCAUCCUAUGGAGAAGCCACUCUUUCCUGGCCAGCAGUUGGGUUUCUGCUGAACUCAAAGCUCCAUCAGGGUCUUCUGGAACCUCGGUUAUGAAUUUAACUUGUACCACAAACACUGUUGUGAGUAGUCACACCCACUUAAGGCCAUACCAAGUGUCUCUUCGCUGCACCUGGCUUGUUGGCAAGGAUGCCCCUGAGGACACACAAUAUUUCCUAUACUACAGGUUUGGUGUCUGGACUGAAGAAUGCCAGGAAUACAGCAGAGAUGCACUGGACAGAAAUACUGCAUGCUGGUUUCCCAGGACAUUUAUCAACAGCAAAGGGUUUGAGCAGCUUGCAGUGCAUAUUAAUGGCUCAAGCAAGCAUGCUGCAAUCAAGCCCUUUGAUCAGCUGUUCACUCCACAUGCCAUUGAUCAAGUGAAUCCUCCAAUGAAUGUGACAGUUGAGAUUGAAGAAACUUCUCUUUAUAUCCAAUGGGAGAAACCAGUUUCGGCCUUUCCAGUCCAUUGCUUUAAUUACGAAUUGAAAAUUUACAACCCAAAGAAUGGUUACUUUCAGAUGGAAAAACUGGCCACCAACAAAUUUGUCUCAAAAAUUGAUGACGUUUCUACAUACUCCAUUCAAGUGAGAGCAGCUGUGAGCUCGUCUUGCAGAGUGUCUGGAAGCUGGGGCGAGUGGAGUCAGCCUAUUUAUGUGGGAAAGGAGAAGAAACCCUUGGCAGAGUGGCAUCUCAUUGUGUUUCCAGCCACCGCCUGCUUCGUCUUGUUAAUCUUCUCACUCAUCUGCAGAGUGUGUCGCAUAUGGAUCAAGUUAUUUCCACCAAUUCCAGCCCCUAAGAGCAACAUCAAAGAUCUCCUGGUAGUGACUGACUAUGAGAAAGCCGCUUGGAAUGAAACCAAAAUUGAAGCUGUAAGUUGUGUGGAAGAGGCUGGAUUUGAAGUCAUGGAAAAUUCCAUGUUUUGAUGGCAUUCUGAAUUCAUGCAGGACUCCAUGAUAAAAGCAAGGAAUAAUAUUUCUUGGCAAGAAGGAAUUUCAAAUGAACACACAAUGCUCAAUUUGGUUACCAGGAAACACAUCCAGACAUAUCUGAGUCUCCGAUGUUGCAUCUCUUAACUUGUACAAGCCUCAUCAACACCUCCUUGCUCACAGUAGGACAAUAGAUUCAACAGAGCAGGGUGCCUUGUUUCCCCACCCACAGUAUAUGAAGUAUUGCCUGACCUGGUUAUACAGGCCAGCGUUUGCAAUUUGCAUGGCUCACCUUGGACAUUUUGCACAGGAGACAGUUUUUCAAGCUAAUGUCAUGUGUUUACUUUGGUUUGAGCUGCCAACAGCAGCACUUUCAGCUACAGUGACAGGAAGAGUGGAGCCCAUCCAGAGUGAGCCCAAAUUCAAGACUGUCUUUUCCAAAGCAAGUGGGAGCCAUAACUUCAUGGUGCUUUUUCUUGUUGAGUUCUAGAAUACUUUUUUUUUUCAAGAACUGUGCCUUUGUGUUGGGGUAUGAGAUGAUGUAAAGUGGAGGUAGAAACAAAGACUAUGUCCAGUUCUGUAUGUAUGUCCCAGUAAGCAUCUAAGGGAAACUACCUGAAAACGUACACUAAGACAUCAUGCCUGGGGCUGAGGAGAUGGCUCAGUCAGACAAGUGUUUGGUGAAGAAGCAUAAGUACCUGAGACUGGUCAACCAGCACCAAGGAAACAGAAACAAAACAGUGCAAGCAGCACGUGCCUAUGAUCCUAGUACUGGGAAACAAAAAUGAGAGGCUCCAUGGGAAUUGUUGGCCAGUCAGUUUAGCCAAUGGGUGGUUUCUAGGUUCAGUAAGAGAUACUGUCUCAAAAAGGUAAGGUGGAAAGUGACUGGGGAGAACCCCUGACACUUACCUCUGGCCUACAUACACAUGUACACAUACAAAGCCAUACACAUGCACACACACUAAAAACAUCAUCAUCUAUUAAGAGAGAAGACAGGGGUUUGUUCAAGGACUACAUUCAUCAAGGUUUCCUUGGUACUAUGGAAAUAAACUGAGAAAGACACUGAGCACAAUUCUGCUGUGGAGGUGACUGCUGGAACUAGAAUGUACUUCCUGAAGGGAUGUUUGAUGCAAGAGCCUUCAUGGCAACUUAUUGGUCAGCUAGUUCUUGUUCAACCAUAUUCUCUUAAGUUAGGGUUUCCUAUCAGCCUUCUAUCUCAGUACACAUUACAAUGGUAUAGAAAUGUACUCUCUCAGUAUCUUCUUAUAUGAAGAUGUCUCCAUAGGUCUUUGUGAUGGGCAAUGGGCUGAAAGCAGAAGCAAGCACAACUACGUUCUGGGAGGAGGAAUAAUUAGUAGUAGAAGGGACCCUAAUGGUGUUGGUUUUAUAUAACCCCGAGGCAAGAAGCUUGAGACAAUGAAAGGAGAUGGUGGCACUUAAAAUCCACACCAUGAUCUAUUUUUUAAUACUUUGUAGAGCUGGUUUAGUCAGUUUUGAUACUCUGGGUGAGGUAUAUAAGGGGUACCAAAUACCUCUUACAUGGCUUUUCUGAUUUAGCAUACAACCAUCCACCAUUCUGUGCUCAGAAUGAGAGGUAAAAGAGUCAUGGACCUCUGCCAAUAUUGGACCUUCUCCAAAGGGUCAGAGCACCAUCCCAGAUUCUCUGCACUGUCUCUCUGGCCUUCACAAGUCUCUACUGUGUCACAGUCAGAUAUAUGACUGCCUCCAUAUUAAAGAUACAACAUAUGGGGAUGAGAAAUGUCAAUAGCGGGAAAAGGUUCGGUAAUGAUCUGAAUCUCAGACUCAGCAGAUCUUAGUAACACAGAGGAGAAUAUCACAUAAAAGCUGAAGUUGGGAGGCUAGAGAGAUGGCUCAGUGGCUAAGAGCACUUGGCUACUCUUCCAGAUGUCUGUGUUCAAUUCCCA